AUGGAGGUCGAUUUUGGUGAAGAAGCGGGCACCACUGAGGUGUUCCAACAGAGUCAUGGAGGAAUCAAAGAUAGAGACCUUGAGCCCAAGGUUUCUCCAGACUCUAGGGUUCAUGCCGUUUUUCUAGGUGAUGACAACGACCCGGUCUUUAUCGCCACAUCACUUGCUUCAACAAACGCAGCAAAGCUCUUGGAUCUCCUUCACUAUUUCAAGGACGUGUUUGCUUGGGACUACAGCCAGCUUCUAGGAGUUCCUAUGGACACAAUCAUGCAUAGUAUCAUGCUUUCAAAGUCAGCCAAACCAGUUUGUCAAAAGAUGUGGCAUUUCAGCCCAGCAGCUCACUCAAAGAUGAAGUUGGAGAUCGAGCGACUUGUAGCAGUCGGCUUUAUUUACCCUUUGGAGAGCUCAGAGUGGGUGGCCAAUCUUGUCCCUGCACACAAGCGCUUUAUGACCCACGCCUUUCAUGACUUGAUUGGAGGCGCCUUGAGGGUGUAUAUGGAUGAUCUGUGCACAACCUCUGACUCCUUUAAGGAUCACUUUGUGCACUUAGAACAGAUCUUCACUCGCUACCGACAACAUAGGUUUUCGUUGAACCCGGCAAAGUGUAAAUUUGGGGUGACUGAAGGCCAGUUACUAGGCUUUGAUGUCUCAUAG